UCGCGUGCAGACCCGCAGCCUCCGUUAAACAGGAGACGCACGCGAGUCCGCACAGUUUCUGCUGGGAAGUCAACGGAACGACGCGCGAGGCUGGACGCAUGUGAGGUCUUUUCCUGGACUUUAACGGGAUUCCGGGGGCGACAGUUGUUUGUGCAGCUCGAGGCUCGCGUGUGGAUGUGUGAAGACAUGCGGCACGGUGCCUGCUAAAUAAUUUGGGACGAGCGGUGAGCGAGAGACUAUGCAGCGGUUAACGGGACGCGAAGUGUCAGAUGCGGCGUUGAAACUCUCUUGCAUUGAACUUUAAUCUCUCCGAAUAGAAACCUGUCGCUGAGCAGUUCCGCACUAUCAGCAGAGGCUUGUCCGCAUGGAAAGUGUCCUUACACAGCCUGUUCGUCCUGAGAAUAAGGGAAUGUUUACUCAGUGUUGAGCCGGGAUGGAUGUGCUGUUGUGAACGCAUCCGAUCUUCAGAAAGAUGCAGCAUCUCCGUGUGGCGUGGGCGCUCGCAGGAGCGGCGGUGGGCUUUUUCCUGCUCUUCUUGAUUCAAGCGCAUUUCUUUGGCGAAGGUCAGCUGGUGGCGGGUACAUGUGAAAUCGUGACUCUGGACAGGGACAGCAGUCAGCCAAGGAGGACCAUCGCCCGGCAGACGGCCAGGUGUGCCUGCAGGAAGGGCCAGAUUGCCGGCACUACCAGAGCCAGUCCAGCAUGUGUGGAUGCGCACAUUGUCAGGAGCAGACAAUGGUGUGAGAUGAUGCCUUGUUUGGAUGACGAAGGCUGUGACCUAUUGGUAAACAGAACAGGCUGGACGUGUGCACAGCCGGGAGGCCGAGUGAAAACAACCACAGUAUCCUGACGCCAGUGGGGGACGAUUUUCCCAAGAGAGGCGCGGCGUACGGAAGCACCUCAUCAUCCAAAGCUACAGCGGGGCGGGGGAGGGGAGCAUUCAUCAUAGUCCUGUUAGCCCUGUCUGUCAGUCUCUCCAUUAGUCCUUCAGUCUCAUAAGAUAAAGGGUGAGGACCUCUCGUCAUGGAGUUUACGUGGACCAUGAGGAACGGAUCCCCCUGUGCUGUCAAUCAAAGCUGGAACCGGCCAACCUUUUGUUUGCUGACGCCAAAACUGGCAAUAUCAGUUGCAGGAUAGUUUGCGACCUGGAUCGUGAAACGUGUAUGGAUGUAUCAAAAUUUUACAGACCAAAGAAAUACGAGCAAAUUUCUGUGUGGAAGGAUUUCCAAUAUGAACAUGAAUACACACAUCAGCUGCUUCAGCUUCCACAAACGCAAGCAAAAACAUACCUGAGCUUUGUGAGGAGUUUUUCCAACCUAGCACACGCAAAAUGGACAACAAAGACGUUUGCGACAAAACUGUUGACAUUUCUUUGAUUGUAGGUCUGCUGCCAUUGUUGUGAAUUGGAGUGAAAUCUGUCAGGAUUUGGAAACGUAGCGAACGUGGCAGGGGAUUUGUCAAACCGAACAUUAUCUACCUGACCUGAAGAGACUAGCGCAGACUUGCGCUCUGGGAGAGACCAUCCUAUGUAUUUUCAGAGUCAUAAAGUUAUAUAUAUAUAUAUUUAACAGUUUUAUAUGAUGUACCUUUGUAGCGAACCUUAUUUAACACUGACAAUGUGAUCCUAUUCAUAAAGGGUGAAUUCAAAACAGUCAUGUCCUGGAAAGUUAUUCACUUGCUUUCUUUGCAAAUGAACAUAGAAAGGAAAAUAGUGUACUUGUGUAUUUGUGAGUAAACUUUUGUUUUGUAUCAACAUUCGACAAUAUACACACACAAAGCAACUGUAACUCACCUUGACAAGGUUAUAUACAUCAGUAUACGGCUAUGGGUCAAAUGUGUUUUACCGCAGAGAUUGUACACUGGCAAAUUCAUCUUAU